CAACAUGUAUUCAGUAUCAGUUGCUCUAGUCUUCCACAGCUCCAUAUACUUUUGUGCAUACAUAGGACAACAAUCUUCGACUGUUGAUGGCUUGUCAUGGUGUUUCAGGUUUAGUUGGGAAACUUAUAACUGAACUUGAGGUCAAUUGCGAUGCUGAUAAAUAUUACAAAAUUUAUAAGCGCCCAGAAGAUGUACGAAAGGCAAUACCUCAUCUUUGCACUAGCAUCAAACUUAUUAAUGGAGAUGCAAGUCGUUCUGGUUGCAUCAAGGAAUGGAAUUUUAUCCUUGAGGGCAAGAUGAUUCGCACAGUAGAAGAAACAACACAUAAUGAUGAAACAAGGACGUUGCAUCACCGUAUAUUUGAAGGAGACUUGAUGAAGGAUUACAAGAAGUUUGAUUCAAUAAUUGAAGUCAAUCCAAAGCCAAAUGGAAAUGGAUGCAUUGUGAAACGGUCAAUUGUGUAUGAGAAAAUCAACAAGGAUUCUCCAACUCCAUUUGCUUACGUACCUUUCUGCCAUCAGGCCAUUGAAGACAUGAACAAGCACCUAUGCGGUUCUGAAUAAAUAGUUGAUGCCAUCUAUAUUCUGUACGAUGUUGGGUGUACGUAUUAGUUGUUGGGUUUAAGUACGUGUACAUAGGCACGCAUGUUUAUUUUCUACUCAGUUGUGACUCUUGUGUAGUACAGUUGCAGUAUACGACCGACGCAUAUAUCUACGUUUUCAAUGUCAGUCAUACUCAUAGUGUUCUAUAUAUCAGUGUAAGUGUAUGGUUUUAUUUGCGAUAUAACAUGUAAAUAAAUGAAAAAUGAAUGAAUAAAUACCCCAUGUAAGUUGUUUAAACGUA